ACUCGGGGAGAAACCGAAAGUGUCAGCGGGCGGGGCGGGGUACCUGGGACCCUGAAUUUCCUUAGGGGCCUCAGGACCGCCCCCUCCCUUUGUUCUCCCAUUUUCUGCGGAGAUGGCUGUUGGCAGACGGCAGGUCAGAUGGACCUGCGGUCAGACUGACGACCUGACCUCGAGGAAGGUCUCCCUGACCCUUCUAUGGUCCGGCUCACCUGAAGCCCCCAAAAUAAGCCGGGGGGCCAUGCACUCCAGGGCUCACAGGCGCUGGUGGAGGCGGGCCCGGAAUCUAACCCCACCCCCAGGUCACCUAAGCCCCGCCCCCGGCCCGGGCGGGGCGUCUGCGCAGAAAACAGACGCUUUUCCUCCCCCGGGGCCGCGGACCUUGGACCUUGAGCGCCUUGUUCGCAGCGGUCCCGCCCCUUCCGCUCCGACUGCAGAGGCGUGGAGAUCUGAGCUGUUGGAGGGACUGCUGCCCAAUCCCCACUCCGCGACCCUUACCUUCCUGGCGAGCGGCAGUGCUACCUCCCCACCGCGUGGCUGCUCCAGACCCCGCGAUCCUCCUCCCAAGGGCGGGUCGGGCGUCGCUGACGCAGCGGAGCAGCGUUCACACUCAUGGGCUUCCAGAGUUGGCUCGGCCUUCUUCUACCACCGGGCGACCUCGCUGUGCUCUCUCCCUGUCGCAGCGUUGACCUACUCCGGUACCUCUCAGUUCAGGUGCACCCAUCACACGCGUGACAGGCUACUGCCGAGAGGGAUCAAUAAUGAAUGACUUGGGGCUGCUUCUCUCAACCUGUCUUGUUAGCCAUUCCUUUUGCCUGAAUAUACGUUUCCCUUUCGGCCAUGGUCAAAGCAAGACACCCAGUAUGCAGAUACUGCGACUACCACCGACCUGGGACUGGACCACUCUAUUUUUGUUUGGAGAGAGUCUUGUUACAUAGCCUGAGCUGGCUUUUGUAAUCUUUCAGCAUCUUGUUUUCCAAGUACUGCACGUACUACCUACCACAUCUGGCUUUGUUUUUUUAAAGAAGUUUAUAUAAUAUAUUGAAGGUGCACACUUUGGUUUCUGAAGGUGUGUGGACACUGUCUAAAUGAUAAAUGUUUUAUGUGAUCUUGUUCAGUUCUUGUCUUUUUGGUCCUGGUCCUUUUUCACUAGGACCUCCUUGCUGGGUGGGGUCUUCCCAUCAGAGUAGGAACAUGCUCCACGACCCAGCCCAACUGCCCCACUAUUCUUUCCCUUUAAGCGCAUAGCAACCAAUGUAUUUGUGUGUUUAGUUGUUUCCAACCCAGUUCCAACUACUAGUUAAGGAGCUAAGUGCAUAGCAACCAAUGUAUCUGUGUGUUUAGUUGUUUCCAACCAGUUCCUACUACUAGUUAAGGAGCUAAGCGCAUAGCAACCAAUGUAUCCGUGUGUUUACUUGUUUCCAACCCAGUUCCUUCUGCUAGUUAAGGAGCUCCGUCAGGAAACUACAGCGUCGGUCUUGCCCAGGCCAGCCCUCUUUGGUGUCUGCCACUCCAUCAACACUGGCUCACUAAAUGCUGUCCCCUAAACAACUUCCAUUUCUCUCCAUUCUGUGAGUGUUAGAUCUGCUUUGCAACCAUGUGUCUCUUUGCCUGCCUCAGUUCAAAACUCAGCCACAGAGAAGACCCACGCCACCGCCACACCCUUCCCCUUCUACUCCAGUCUCCUUACACUGAGUUCCUCCACACACUAGGACUUAGGGACCAUCUC